AUCAUGUCGUACGUGCGGGAUCUGUGCUAGGCGGAUAGCGUGUGUACUGUCAUGUAACGAUCGUCUUGUAAACAUUUCUGAGUUACUAGAAAUUAUAUGUAAACACUAAGGUUGGGAUUUUGACUUUUAAUUGGUGUUAGUGUCCUAAUGGAUGUUGCCUGAGGCGAUCUGGAGCCCGUCUGAAGUGUUUUCGUGUUGGAGAAAGCCGGUCACCAUGAGUCACCGCACCAUCCAUCUGUUUCGUAAAGGCCUGCGCCUGCAUGAUAAACCCAGCCUGUUGGGGGCGCUAGCGUCCUCCUCUGUGCUCUAUCCAGUGUAUGUCCUGGACCGUGUGUUCCUGCAGGGGGUGAUGCGCAUGGGUGCGUUACGCUGGCGAUUCGUCCUGCAGAGUCUAGAGGAUCUGGACGCUCGUCUGCGGGCGCUUGGAUCGCGACUUUUUGUCCUGUGUGGGUCAACAGCUAGCGUCCUGCGGGAGCUCGUAGCGCAGUGGGGAAUCACACAGAUCAGCUACGACACUGAAGUAGAGCCAUAUUACACAAGCAUGGACCAGGACAUACAGACACUGGCGCAGGAAAAUGAAAUGCAAACUUACACGUGUGUAUCGCACACGCUGUAUGACGUCAAGAGGAUCGUGAAGGCCAAUGGAGGCUCUCCGCCGCUCACAUACAAGAAGUUCCUGCAUGUUUUGUCAGUUUUGGGUGAACCAGAGAAACCGGCGCGGGAUGUGAGCAUCGAGGACUUCCAGAGGUGUGUGACUCCAGUGGAUGUGGAUCGGUUAUACGCUGUGCCUUCUCUGGCUGAUCUGGGUCUGCAGGCGGAGGCGGAGGUGCUGUGGCCCGGUGGAGAGACUUAUGCCCUGCAGCGGCUCGAGAAACACUUCCAGAGUCAGGGCUGGGUGGUGAACUUUUCCAAGCCGCGCACCAUCCCCAACUCUCUGCUGCCCAGCACCACUGGUCUGAGCCCGUACCUGAGUCUGGGCUGCCUUUCUGUUCGAACCUUCUACCACAGACUCAACAGCAUUUACGCACAGUCGAAGAACCACUCUCUGCCGCCGGUGUCUCUGCAGGGUCAGGUGUUGUGGCGCGAGUUCUUCUACACCGUCGCUUCCGCAACGCCAAACUUCACCAAGAUGGAGGGAAACGGCAUCUGUCUGCAGAUCGACUGGUACCACGAUCCCGAGCGGCUGGAGAAAUGGAGAAGCGCGCAAACGGGUUUCCCCUGGAUCGACGCUAUCAUGACGCAGCUACGGCAGGAGGGCUGGAUCCAUCAUCUGGCGCGUCACGCCGUGGCCUGUUUCCUGACCCGCGGAGACCUGUGGAUCAGCUGGGAGGAGGGCAUGAAGGUGUUCGAGGAGUUCCUGUUGGAUGCAGACUACAGUGUGAACGCCGGGAACUGGAUGUGGCUGUCCGCUAGUGCGUUCUUCCACAAAUACACCAGGAUCUUCUGUCCGGUGCGUUUCGGCCGUCGAACUGACCCUCAAGGAGAGUAUCUGAGGAAGUAUUUACCUGUGCUGAAGAACUUCCCCUCUCAGUAUAUUUACGAGCCGUGGAAAGCACCAGAAGAUGUUCAGCUCAGCGCCGGCUGCAUCAUCGGUAAAGACUAUCCUCGGCCCAUUGUGAGCCACAUCGAGGCCAGCCAGAGGAACCUGGGAUUGAUGCGUCAGGUGCGGACAGAGCAGCAGAUGACCGCAGAACUCACGCGAGAUGUAGCAGAUGACCCGAUGGAGGCGGGGCUUAAGCGUGAGCUCCAGGAGGAGGAGGGCAUUCUGGAGGAGGCGGAGUCAAAGUGCACUUCCAAGCGUUUCAAUGGCGGCUCAGACCAUAAGUCCCGCCCCUGCAGCUGGACUCCAGAGACUCUAUCAGAGCUCAGCGGAGAGAUCAUGUGAUUCGAGCAACGGCCAAUCAGAUGAAUGUAUUACUUCAGAUCACGACCCAGAAGCCUUCAUGAUGCAUUUCUGCAUAAACAAAUGCACAAAGACUCACCGGAAUCCUCCGUCAUUAUGAACAGAACUCUCAGAAAGCAUCUGAACUCCAUUAAUCUGUCAAACACAACCAUAUUGGCUGCUUUUGUUGGUUUUGUUUUGCUAGUGUGUGUGUUUUUUUCUGUGUUCAGGAGAGAAUCGUGUACAUUGAACAGAGUUUGUGAAGUAAAUAUGCAAGUAUGAAGUGUUUCUGAUGCACAUUAAACACAUGUCGAUGUUAUGCAAAUGAUCAAA